CUUUUCAGUUGCUGUUACAUUUGUUGUGGGCAGGUUCUGUUGGAUUGCAGCAAUCUGCUUGAAAUAGGAUCAGAAAUUGUGAAAUGCAAUACAAAAUUCCUCAGGGGGUCCAUGAAGAUGGUCGUUCCUGGGAGCACCAGUGUAAUUCAGCCGGACCAUAGCCUUGGGACGGAAUUGAGCCGAAGCUCAGCAGAGAAUUCAGUGAUGGGUCCUGAUACAGAGUCAAUGGCUGAUCAGGUGGGCCCUGAGCUGGAAGAAGUGAGGAAAUUGCAAGAGCUUGUGAGGAGGCUUGAGCUCCAGAACCAGCAGCUGAGAACUAGAAGCUUGCGAAGUGUGCCGGAGGCCAAAAUGCUGAGCCAAGCUGAUGCUGGAGUGGAUAAUUGCAAUUCCAGGCUCAACGGCAUGGAAAUGAAUAAUAGCAUCAACGUACUAAUGGAUAAGCAGGAACUGCAAAUCGUGGCAGACCUGCAUUCAGCCCUGAGUAAAAUAAGGUCAGACGCAGAGGAAAGUGGUAAGUUCUUUAAAAAGGAUGCAGAGGAGAGCACAAUACAUCACGGUUGUGAAAACAUUUCUGACCAACAGCCCUCCAGCACAAAGUUUGUGAGCAGUACCCAGACGCAGAAUAGCGAUGCUAACACAAACGACGUCCCUCGUUGGGAUUGCAACCCCACGGUUUUGCUAGAAGAUUUUGCCACAUCUGUUGAGCCAGUGCUGCAAAUGAAGGAAGCCAACACAAACGCGGAAGAUCCCUUGGAUGAAACAGCUCUGGAUGAAGUGGAAUUACUGGAGUUAGAGAAUGGCAGCGAUGAAGAGGACAGCUG